AUGCCAGCGUCCACUACAGCUGGCCCAAGCCCGGCAGAGAUCGUCCAUAGACUGCAUCUCGAAGGAUUAUCGAAGAAGACGCUCUCAAAAGACGCAGGGUCCUCUCUGCCAGAUGGAUUCUACCACGCGCCGGCUAUCUAUCAGCUGGAGCGACGUGCCAUCUUUUCGAAACGAUGGUUCUUGGUCUCGCACAAGGCUCGCUAUCGCAACGUGGGAGAUUACGUGCAGUAUGAGAUGGCCGGUUUCAACUUUGUGAUCGUCAGGAACAAGACAGGGAGGAUAGUUGGAUUCCACAACAUCUGCAGACAUCGUGCCUUUCCGAUCGUGCAAGAAACGAGUGGCACAGCAAAGAUCUUCUCCUGCAAAUACCACGGCUGGUCAUACGACCUCAACGGAAAGCUGACCAAAGCCCCUCGCUUCACUCCAGAGUCCGUCUCCGACUUCGAUACGUCGGGUAUCCAGCUCUUUCCCAUCCACGUCCACGUGGACAGAAAUGGCUUUGUAUACGCCAACCUGGACGCUCGACCGGAACCUGAAAUCACAUGGAGAGCACAGUACGGGGCGCUUGAUGAUCAAGAUGUGCUCACGCAUUCCGGCGUUGACUGGGACGCCGUGGAGUACGACUUCACCUGGACCAAAGAGGGGAAAUUCAACUGGAAACUCAUGCAAGACAACUACAAUGAGUGCUACCACUGCCUCACAGCGCACCCGUCCGUAGCCAAAACAACAGCCCUCGACACAUACUACGUCGUCCCUGCGACACCCAGCAACUACAUCUCGCACUUCAGCGAACCAAAACCCUCUGUGUUUUCUACCAGCCAAUUCGACACCACACGCUUCGCCGGCCGUUCCGCCACGCAUGUCUUUCCUGGCGGCCAUUUCAGCCCCAACCCCGGCACGGGCUUCAUGCAUCUGAUGCGCAGCAUCCCAACUUCGGCGACGACCACGAGGCAGGAGUACGAUGUCUACCGCCUCAACACACCCCACGCGACACCCGAGGCUCAUGAAAGAAUGACUGCUUUCUAUCGAAACGUUGUCAACGAGGACUUUGCACUCUGUGAGGCGGUGCAGAGGAACCUCGAGCGCGCAGUGUUUGAAAGAGGGCGACUGCAUCCGUUCCAUGAGGAGGGCGUGAUAGCAUUCCAGGAGAUGAUCGUCAAGAUUCUAGGAGAGCAGGUCGAGGCUGAGGAAGAGGCUGGACAGGAGAUCUGGGCGGCGAGGCCAGCUUCACGAGGUCAGAGUGUAGGACUUAAGACCACGCAAGCGGCGACGAACCUCUGCGACAGGAUACUAGAGUCAGUAGGAGAGGGAGGAAUUAGUUGCGAGAAGACACUAGCCAGAGGUUUGGAAUGGUGA